AUGUCUAAAAUGAAAUUAGUUUAAACUGGGUAUUGUAAUUGGUAAGCAAAAAAUAGUUUACAAAAUGAUGCUAAUAGGGAAUCAAAUGAUGAAUAAUAGUAAAUUAUUCCAGUCUAAACUGCUUAGUUUUAAAUUCCUUUGAUAUAAAAUAUAAAUUAAUAUGAAAAGUUUAUGCUAUAUUAUGAUGCUCCAUUUGAUAUAAGAUAUUUUACUAAUCAUGUAUUUUAUGAUGAAGAAUACUAGAGAAAAUAUAAACCUAUUUUAGGAAUAAAAGAAUACAUCAAUGAUAAAAUAGGUAUUUUGGAAGUUGAUAGUAUUUUUCAGUAAGUAAGAGACCCCUCCCACAUAAUUAAAUAAUUGAUGUCUUUAUCUUCAUAAGAAGCUUAUGAUAUGGCAAAAUAGAUAGAAAAAAACUAUCUCAAUUUUUAGAAAUUACUACGCACAGCAGAUAAAUUAGAUUCAAAGGGUAUCAAUCAUACUUUCGACAGAGAAAAGCUUUACCAAAAAGUAAUACAAGCAACAAAGAAAAUUGUGAGGAAUGGAUCUAAAAUAGUCCUUAUAAAUGUGCUCAGCAUGGAUAUGGAAUCAAUGGAGAUGAAAAAAAUAGCAGUUGGGGGUACGUAUGAGCUUGGAAAUGUAAUACUAUCUAAAAGAAAUUAACUUCUUAGUAGCUUGAUGAAGUUAGGAUCAUUCAACUACGGGGGUGACAUGAAGAUUUUUACUAAACAUUAAUUUCCAGAUUGCGAUAAUAAAGACAUUUCCGUUUAUAUACAUACGCUAGAUGGUUUUAUAUUACCUUGUAUAUCUAGACUUCAUACAGUCCCUUUGGAUGAUCAAAAUUUUAAUAUACUACUAGCAAAGCAGUUUAUAAUCGAUCCUUUACUUUUAGAGAAGUUGAAGGAUAUCAGAAAAAAAAUGAAGGAUCAUGGGAUAGAUUCUAUGUUAACAGAAGACAAAUAUGGCGAAAAGAGAUCUUUUAAAGAAGACUAAUCAUCUGUUAUUUCUUAUGAUUUUGACUUUUUAAAGAAUAGAAACACUUAAAGUUUCAAUAAAAAUAAUGAAGACUACAUAAAAAACGCUUCUUAAAAUUAUUUAGAAAGACCUUUGUAAUAGUAGCAUUAAGGAGCAAUUAAUUCUUUGAUAUUCCAAAAUUAGGAAAAGUUUAUAAGUAUGUCAGAGUAUGAAAAUUCUAGUUCAGAAGACAAUACUCUUAUGUUCAAAGAGGAUGAUGAAGCUGCAAUGUGUUUUGAACCUCCUUAGUUUGAGGUAUCAACUACAGAAAAGUUAAUUAGUACUGAAAUGAUGCUCAACCAAGAGAAAAUUUUAAGACAAUAACAAAUUUAAAUCUAAUAAAAUGUAAAUAACACUUAAAGAUAUCAAAACAUUUUAAACCAAUAAAAGGUGGAAGCACUUAAAUUUAUUAAUAGAUUUUACAGUCCUUAAAUAAAAUGA